GCAAAGUACUUUAGCCUUUUAGUCAAACCACAGUCAGCAAGAGUUGAGCUGCGAACACUGUCGGCAGCAGCACUUGGCUGUACUGCUAGAGACAGACUAACCACAGGAAAGGCAGACUGGAUUAGACUAAAGGGCAUUCUUAGCUGUGCCUGAAGAUGAUGUACUAAGAAGUGAAACAAGACGUUUACAAAGAAGAUAACUUUUCUUGAACGUAGGUACCUGAAGGAAGAACAGGAGUGUUGUUCCUCACCUUCAGCCACAAUGUCAUCUUAUUUCUGCAUGAACUGGAUUCUUCUGAUGCUUUUUACAGGCCCCACAGUAUUGGGUUCACUUGUGAAAGGAAAGGUUGGUCAGAGUGUCACUGUGCCCUGCUUUUACACUGUGGAGAGGUCACAAGACAUCACAUCAAUGUGCUGGGGUCGUGACAGGUGUCCUCCUUCAAAAUGUUAUCGGCCCAUUAUCUGGACAGAUGGACAGAGGGUGACAGAGCGGUACAACAGCAGGUAUAAGUUGAAAGGGAACCUGUCAAAGGGCGAUGUGUCCCUCACGAUCUUGAAUGCUGAGGAAGCAGACAGUGGGAUAUACUGCUGCCGCGUGGAGAUCUCAGGGUGGUUCAAUGAUCAGAGAACUAAUCUCGAGGUUGUGAUAGAAAAAGCUCAUGGGAGCACCAGCGAAUCAUCCUUUACCAUCGCAAGAACAUGGCCAUCAGUUUCUGCUUCGGAAGCUCCUCAGACUACCUCUGGUCCCUGCUCAAGCACCUCAGACUGCUCAGAUGUAACCUCAAACCUGCAGAACAUGUCUGUAUCACGGCCUAGUCAGCAGUAUUCAGAAAAUGGGCUAUACAUUGGGAUUGGUUUAUGUGUGGUACUUCUAGCCAUCCUCACUUUGGCUCUGCUCCUCACUAGACAAUACUUCUACAAUACAAAGAAGACGGGUGACUUUGCAAACUUCAUUGCGUAUUGGAGACCAAAACAUGCAGGGAACCAUAGCGCCCUGGAAGAAGAGGUCCAUGCAGAGGAAAACAUUUAUAUAAUACACUAAGGACUCUAUGCAUGUUUGCCUUUGUCAUCGCUGGGACAUUAAAUAGUUUGCAAAAUGUUAGCUGCUCCCUCUGCUCAGCAGCGAAACGUGACUGGACUACUAAAGCAUUCACAUCAUUCUCAUAAAACAAAUAAAAGCUAUACUUGUAAUUAAAAA